GCCCGGGUUGACGCCAUCAGUCGGCGCGGUGUACCAGGCUUCAGUGAUGUCGUGGCGCUUGGGGUGAAGAAGUUGGCGCUUCGCGGGGCCCUGGGACUGAAGACGCGGUCCGGGUGACCUCUGGCCCUUUCCUAACUUCUCUACCCCCGCCUGCCUUUUUCCUCCCUCUUCUGGCGGGAUGAGGCGUGCAGGCCUGGGUGAAGGAGUACCUCCUGGCAACUAUGGGAACUAUGGCUAUGCUAACAGUGGGUAUAGUGCCUGUGAAGAAGAAAACGAGAGACUCACUGAAAGUCUGAGAAGCAAAGUAACUGCUAUAAAGUCUCUGUCCAUUGAAAUAGGCCAUGAAGUUAAAAAUCAAAAUAAAUUAUUAGCUGAAAUGGAUUCACAGUUUGAUUCUACAACAGGGUUUCUAGGUAAAACCAUGGGAAAACUGAAGAUUUUAUCCAGAGGAAGCCAAACAAAGCUAUUGUGCUAUAUGAUGCUAUUUUCAUUGUUUGUCUUUUUUGUCAUUUAUUGGAUUAUUAAACUGAGGUGAUGCAAGUAAGUGUGAGUUUGGAAUUUGUUCCAACUUCAUGGCUUAGAUUACCACUUUGAUAAAAAUCAGUAUCAAAACAUUCCUACUUUUCAAAUACUGUGGCCUUUUCCAUUGAAGAUGACUGAAUUUUGCUUGUUUUGUAAAUUGUAUUAGAUAAUACAUUGCUCUUUGAAUACUGUUUUUUAGUGGCUCGUUUUAGCCCCUAUUUUCAGGGGUAUUGAGAUGGUUGAAGGUCAGUGUGGCUUUACCAGUUUUUUCCUAUCUUUUGCUACUUCUCAAAUUGAAUAGCAAUAUAAAAUUCUUUUGUUACUAUAAAUGUAGCAUUGUGUUUCAUGUAAGGAAACUUAGUGGGAGAGUAGCAAUGCCUGGAGAGCCAACCCAUGAUUUCUUGAGGUCGUGAACCAGUUUGUGAUAGAACAGUAAAUGUGUCGGCAACUGUGUUGGUGGACUUCCCUUUCUGCCUUUGUUGGAUAAAGCUGUAGGCUAACUUCUUGUUACAACCUUUAUCACAAUUUAUGACUCCUCUUCCCUGUGUCUAAGGACCUUGUUCUUUAAUAAAUUUUGUUGUUUUUGACCUAUUUCUAGGAGGGCCCAAUGCAUAUGUGUGCCAGUAUAGUUAUUGUCUUAUAUUAACCUUAAAACUUUAUUGACUUGGCUUACCAAUAGUUUUAUGAUUUUAGCUAUUUAUGUCAGCCAUUUGAUUAUAAUUUGUGACAGAAUAAUGUGAAGUUAAGUAAUUGCUAAGCUCUGACUAGAAAUAAAGUGUUCAAGAAAAUGAAGUGCCUCUGCUGUAUUAUAUGCUCAAAAUAGAUAUGGAAGAUAUUCAGACAUUGAAUUUGGAGUUAAAAGGAUUUUUUCUUUAAUUCAUGUAUUUAUUUAGAUAAAGCAAAAUAAAAUUAGACUGUUAAGUAAAAAAAAAUUGUUAAACACUCAUAUUGCCACUAUUUUGCAAUUUACCCAUUUAUAGGCUCCAAAAAUAAAUGUUUUAUUAAAAUAUA